GGAGCCAGCGUGGACCAAUCAGAUAGCGGGAGGCGGGUCUUCGGCGGGGAAAGUGGGCGUGGCUUUGGGGGAAAUCGCCUAGAACGCAGCGGAGGUCCCAGCCCGGGAGAACGCUCUCUGCGGCGAAGGAGAGGUCACGCCGCCAUGCCUCCCGCCGGGCCCCGCGCAGCCCUCCUCCUGCUGCUGCCUGCGCUGCUGCUGCUCCGCGCUGCCCUGGCCGUGCCCCUGGAUCGGGGGGCGCCCAAGGAGGGGAGCCCCGCGACCGAGAGCCCGGACACAGGCCUGUACUAUCACCGCUACCUCCAGGAGGUCAUUAACGUGCUGGAGACGGACGGGCACUUCCGAGAGAAGCUGCAGGCCGCCAACGCCGAGGAUAUCAAGAGCGGGAAGCUGAGCCGGGAGCUGGACUUUGUCAGUCAUCAUGUCCGCACCAAGUUGGACGAGCUCAAGCGGCAGGAGGUGUCGCGGCUUCGGAUGCUGCUCAAGGCCAAGAUGGACGCGGAGCAGGAGCCCAAUGUACAGUUGGAUCACCUGAGCCUCCUGAAGCAGUUUGAACACCUGGAUCCUCAGAAUCAGCACACGUUCGAGGCCCGAGACCUGGAGCUGCUGAUCCAGACGGCCACCCGUGACCUUGCCCAGUUCGAUGCAGCCCAUCACGAAGAGUUCAAACGCUACGAGAUGCUCAAGGAACAUGAGAGACGCCGUUACCUGGAGUCGCUGGGAGAGGAGCAGCGAAAGGAGGCAGAGAGGAAGCUGGAAGAGCAACAGCGACGGCACCGAGAGCACCCCAAAGUCAAUGUGCCUGGCAGCCAAGCCCAGUUGAAGGAGGUGUGGGAGGAGCUGGAUGGAUUGGACCCCAACAGGUUUAACCCCAAGACCUUCUUCAUACUGCAUGAUAUCAACAGUGACGGCGUCCUGGAUGAGCAGGAGCUGGAGGCCCUCUUCACCAAGGAGCUGGAGAAGGUGUAUGACCCGAAGAAUGAGGAGGAUGACAUGCGGGAGAUGGAGGAGGAGCGGCUGCGCAUGCGGGAGCACGUGAUGAAGAAUGUGGACACCAACCAGGACCGCCUCGUGACCCUGGAGGAGUUCCUCGCGUCCACCCAGCGGAAGGACUUCGGGGACACCGGGGAGGGCUGGGAGACGGUGGAGAUGCACCCCGCCUACACGGAGGAGGAGCUGAGGCGCUUCGAGGAGGAGCUGGCGGCCCGGGAGGCCGAGCUGAACGCCCAGGCGCAGCGCCUCAGCCAGGAGACCGAGGCUCUGGGGCGCUCCCAGGGCCGCCUGGAGGCCCAGAAGCGAGAGCUGCAGCAGGCGGUUCUGCAAAUGGAACAGAGGAAACAGCAGCAGCAGCAGCAGCAGCAGCAAGGCCACAAUGCCCCAGCCCCUGGCCCCGAGGGACAGCUCAUGUUCCAGCCCCACAACACAGAUGACGCUCCUGUCCCAGCUCCAGCCGGGGACCAGAAGGAAGCAGUUGCUUCAGAAAAGAAGGUCCCUGAACAGCCCCCGGAGCUGCCCCCGCUGGAUGCCCAGCACCUGUGACCCUCCCGGAAGGUGGCAUCGGGGCUCCUACGGACGCAGCUGCCGGGAGGACGGGGAAGCGUCACAGUCCGCCUCCUCUGAGGACCACACGGGGCCUCCUAGGAAGAGGGAUGAGGCGGCACUUCCCACUUUGCUACCCAGGCCCCUAUCUGCUGCUUAGCUUCCAGCCUCCGGUGUGUGGUCCCUGCUCUCUGUCCCCCUCCAGGGACCUGCCCCUGGUGUCCAGUGGGGGCACUCACAGGGUCAGCUAGCUUAGGGGCCGCCGUGUCCCUGCCUGGUAGGUGGACUGGCCUCGCUGCUCCUGGUUGGGGCCACUCCAGCAUCCUGCGCCCCACGGCUGCUGCUCCGGGCCCGUUUCUGCUGCUUUAUGGGGCGUGGAUGGUCCCUCGAGACCUUUCUCUGCCUUUUGUGGGACCAGCGAUGCCUUGAAGACUGUGUAGCCCACGGCUGGGCGGACCCCCUGACCCCUGGCUUUCAGCCUCGGCCCCUCCCUGACGGCUUGGCCGUCGCCCGUCGCCCACUCAGCCACAGGAGGGUCCCAGAGCUGACCCCGCCUAGGACGAGGUUCCCGCCCCUCAGCCUCCACGGAAGGCCCAGGCCCUCCUUCCCGGCCUUACCUCACUGCUGUGCGGCCUGUGUAUCCGCUCCAUCCAAAUACACUUCCUGAAACAAG